UGUCUCAUUGGGUGUGCGUCGCCUUGCGUCUAUGUGAUGUCCUUGUUGAAAAUUUAGCGACCCGUUCGCGUUUCUUUUUCUUUCUCGCGUUCUUUCUUUCUUUUUUUGGGCGGGAAUUCGGUAAGGUGAUUCAAUGCUAUGACACUGGUAAGAGUGAGCAGAGGGGUUUAGAAAGAGAUGUCACAGGUGUACUUCGUAAGGUAUAUAUUCUGGGAAUAGCUGAUUGUCAGUAUCAGUUAACGACAGCUACGAAUAUGAAGAUCCACUGCUUAUUGGUUGUGUUCUCCGUCGCCGCGGUGUGCUUGUGCCUCGCCGAAGAGGUCCAAAAGCCCCAGGAGCCUAUUGUCAGGCAGAAGCGUGGCAUCCUCUUGGCCAAAGCUGCACUUGGAAUUGGAGCCGCCAAAGUUGGUCUUCUAGGAUUAGGAGCCGCCGGUGUUGGAAUCGGAGCUGCUGGAUUAGGAUUAGCCGCCGCCGGAGGUUUAGCUAAAGCCGCUGUUGUCGGAGGUGGAUUAUACGCCCUUAAGAGCAAAUAUGGAGGAUAUGGACACGGAGGAUAUGGCGGUUACGGAGGACACGGCGGUGGAUACGGAGGAUAUGGCGGCGGAUAUGGCGGCGGAUAUGGAGGAUAUGGCGGUGGAUACGGAGGAUACGGCGGUGGAUACGGAGGAUACGGCGGUGGAUACCAAAAGGUUUACGUAACACACAGCUACGGUGGUGGUUAUGGUGGUUAUGGAGGACACGGCGGAUAUUGGUAAUCAGAUCAAUAAGAAGAAAAUCAACAAAUAUUAACCCUGAACUGAUUAUUUUCUGUAUUGUAAAUGUAAAUUAUUUUGUAAUUAUUUUGAAUAAA